UCGGAAUCGGGGGGUUGGUCUGUCGUGAUCCAAGUCAACAGUACACAAAUGUAAUGAAAUAUUCAUGCACUUCUGCCGUUAUUGAUCGAUUGUCUUGAAUGUUACAAAGGCCCUUGGAAUGGACGCCUCUCCAAACACACACUUUUGGCCUUCUGUGAUUGUUGGACAACCGAGACGCAAGGCAUUCGUUAGCUAAACUUGCUAGCCGACGUAUUGGUUACACUGGGAGUACUAGCUAGCUCGCACUUUAGGGACGACUUUCUUUGUUUCUCGUUUUGUUUUCUUUCUGCCUUCUUUGGUGUUUUUCCUUCUCUGGCCCGCAAGAGCAGAUUGCGCGAAUGUGUCGACAUGGGGAAGGAUGCGGAGAGUUGAGACGGAAGUGUGAACGGGAGCGAGACGCCGGGAGGGUCUAUUUGAGAUUCAUAUGUCCUGUUUGCAGAUUUAUAUGUCCUGUUUCAUGAACGAUGCCUCUUUGAAACCCGACAACCUGAUUAUUAUGUGCGAGGGACUGAGAUAAAAUGAGGCUUUUCUUGGGCGCAGGACUGGUCUGGGUAAACCUUCCCUAACGAGAUGUGACAGGAUGCUGCACCAUCACUGCAGAAGGAAUCCUGAGCUGCAGGAGGAGCUGCAGAUUCAGGCCGCAGUUGCUGCGGGAGAUGUCCACAUUGUGCGUAAGAUGCUGGAGCAGGGCUAUUCCCCGAACAUCCGGGAUGCCAACGGCUGGACCCUGCUCCACUUCUCCGCUGCCAGAGGGAAGGAGAGAUGCGUCCGUGUCUUUCUGGAGCACGGAGCUGAUCCCACAGUGAAAGACUUAAUAGGAGGCUUUACCGCGCUGCAUUACGCAGCCAUGCACGGCCGUGCACGGAUAGCACGCCUGAUGCUGGAGUCCGAGUACCGGAGCGACAUUAUCAACGCCAAGAGCAACGAUGGCUGGACACCCCUGCAUGUGGCCGCCCACUAUGGCAGGGACUCGUUUGUGAGGCUCCUACUGGAGUUCAAGGCAGCCGUGGACCCUCUGAGCGACAAGGGUACCACACCCCUGCAGUUGGCCAUCAUCAGGGAGCGCUCCAGUUGUGUGAAGAUCCUGCUGGACCACAAUGCCAACAUUGACAUCCAGAAUGGCUUUCUGCUGCGCUACGCUGUCAUAAAGGGCAAUCAUUCGUACUGCCGAAUGUUCCUUCAGAGAGGCGCUGACACCAACCUAGGCCGCCAGGAGGAUGGCCAGACACCGCUGCACCUGUCUGCCCUCAGGGACGACGUGCUGUGUGCACAGAUGCUGUACACGUAUGGGGCAGACACCAACACCCGGAACUACGAAGGACAGACCCCGGUCGCCGUGUCUGUCAGUAUGUCUGGAACCAGCCGGCCCUGUCUUGACUUCCUACAAGAAGUCACCAGACAACCCAGGACUUUGCAGGACUUGUGUAGAAUAAAAAUUCGACAGUGCAUAGGCCUUCAAAACUUGAAACUCUUGGAGGACCUUCCUAUUGCCAAGGUGAUGAAAGACUAUUUGAAGCACAAGUUGGACGGCGUCUGAUCCCGGCUCACAGACUAGGACCACGAAGCUGCUCCUCUGGCAACAGACUAUGCAAACGCUGUUUUUCUUUCUAUGCGAGAGCUUAAAGCACAGGUACAACAUUUUUAUAUACCCCCUCAGAUGUCUAAGAAGCUUUUAACCCUUGUUUAGCGAAGAAUUACUUUAAAUACAUAUUUUUUCAUAACAGCUGGCUUCCGUGCAUGUUGUGAAUACACUUUUUUUAUUUAUACACCAAUUACAGUGCAGACAAUUUAAAAAAAUUUAUAAAACGGAACAUUUGAACGUCCCAUCCACGGUGUACCCUGCCUUGUGCCCUAUGCAUCCGGGAUAGGCUCCGGACCACCACAAACUUGCACUGGAAAAGUGAAAGGGAAUGCUUGGUUCUAUGUGGAUGGAUGGAUGGAUGGAUUAAAAAGUAGUGGGGAGAAAAGUCAGUAGUGUGGAGUUGCUGAGUUGCAUAAAACAAAACUCACCCAAUCUACAGUUUUUUUUUUUAUUUUAUUUUAAAGUUAAUAGUUUGAACUUCUGUAUUGCUUGUUCUGUGAAUGUCACCAUUUGUACUUUAACAAGCUUAAAUACAUCUUUCUGCCCUUGACAAAUCACAAUGCUGGUUUAGUAGUUGGUAAAUACUCAUAAUGGCCCACUUCUACUGUAAUUCCAAAUUGCAUCAGUUUUGGAUUUGAAUGACAUUCAUUUAGCAGAUGCUUUUCUCCAAAGUGACAUACACAACUUUAAAUGUGAAACUUUUUAGUUAAAUCAUAAUACCCACAUCGUAAAUUUAAUUUACGUACCAUGUAUUGUUACAUUUAGGGAGUCUGUGGGAUCUAGUCUUAGUUUUGUAUGUUUGAAAUGUGUGUUAUUGUAUGCUGACCAUUUAUGAGAUACCCAGUAUACGUGUGUGUGUGUGUGUGUGUGUGUGGUGUGGUGUGUGUGUUUGUGUGUUUAAUUACAUGGGAUUUAAGGGCACCCGUCUGUGAUGUGGACUGUAUACUUAAUUAACUACAUUUGACACAGAUGCCCCGAGGCCAGGAGCACCCCACACUAUGGUCACCAAGCUUUGGUUUUUAGUGCAAAUGACAAAGCGAUUCAGGCAAAAUAAAGUCAGUUGAGAGGAGGUUCACACACAGAGCUCCGUGCCGAAAGAGCCGCUCAGAGUUGUAGGCCAUGACUGGGUCAGUGGGUCACCCUGGUCACUGGAAUGGACUUCACCCGUCAAGUUAGAGUAGAGGUGCAGGAAAGCUGUAAUUUGGGAAUUUGUUUGAAAGACAAAAGAGGAAUUAAGCGUGUGGCCCCCUUCCCAAUUGCAAAUAGCAAACCCAGCUGAGUAAAUCACGCUUGAAGUAUAAUUUCCUGAAAAAAGAAUAACAGCUAGAAAAUGUAUUGGUUUG